UACAAUAUUCAAAAAUGGCGAUCAAACAGCUACUCUCUCUAGCUCGUCGGUCCCGCAAGCCUUCCUCUUCUUUAACCGUCGCUCGAUCGUCCCACUCCACCGCAGCCCCUCCUCCACCGACUGCCAUGAUCUACGACCGGUUAUCCCAUUGCGUCAACUCAAGGCUCCGAAAACUUGAACACCCCGAUUCCCGUUUCCUCAAAUAUGGAUCCCCUCACCCGACCCAAACUUCCCACACCCACAUCCUAUCUUCGCCGGAAACCAGAAUUACAACGUUGUCCAACGGCCUCCGCGUGGCCACGGAAUCGAGUUUGCAUUGUCGAACAGCGACGGUUGGGGUGUGGAUCGAUGCAGGGUCGAGGUUCGAGUCGGAGGAGACGAAUGGGACGGCCCAUUUCUUGGAGCAUAUGAUAUUGAAAGGGACGGAGAAGAGGUCGGAGGGGGCAUUGGAAGAAGAGAUUGAGAAUAUGGGAGGCCACUUGAAUGCUUAUACUUCGAGGGAACAAACCGCUUAUUACGCCAAAGUUAUGGGUAGUGAUGUCCUUAAAGCCUUGGAUAUAUUGGCUGAUAUUUUGCAGAAUUCCAAGUUUGAAGAACGUAGUAUUAGUAGACAAAGGGAUGCGAUACUAAGGGAAAUGCGGAUGCAGGAGGUGGAGGGUCAAACACAGGAAGCUGUUUUUGACCACUUGCAUUCAACUGCUUUCCAAUACACUCCUCUUGGUAGAAAUAUUCACGGACCUGUUGAUAAUAUUAAGAAGAUCACCAAAGACCAUCUGCUCGACUAUAUUCAGACACACUACACUGCUCCUCGAAUGGUCAUUGCUGCAUCUGGAGCUGUUAAGCAUGAAGAAAUUGUUGACCAAGCAAAGAAGUUGUUUACCAAAUUAUCAUCAGAUUCAACCACUGCUACUCAGCUAGUUGCGAAAGAACCGGCCAGUUUUACUGGUUCAGAUGUUAGAAUUGUUAACGACUAUGUUCCUCUAGCGCAAUUCGCGGUUGCUUUUGAGGCAACAGCAUGGACAGAUCCGGAUUCCAUUGCGCUAAUGGUAAUGCAGGUGAUGCUGGGGUCAUGGAGCAAAUUUGCUGGGGGUGGAAAGCACAUGGGCUCCGAGCUGGCACAAAAAGUUAGCAUUAAUGAAAUUGCAGAAAGCAUGAUGGCUUUCAACACCAACUAUAAAGAUACUGGUCUUUUUGGUGUAUACGCUGUUGCCAAGCCCGAUUGUUUGGGGGAUUUAGCUUAUGCUAUUAUGUCUGCAAUAACCAAGUUAGUUUAUCGAGUUUCAGAAGCUGAUGUGAUUCGUGCUCGUAAUCAGUUAAAGUCAUCCUUGAUGCUUCAUACAGAUGGAACUAGUCCCGUAGCCGAAGAUAUCGGAUGCCAGCUACUUACAUACGGCCGGAGAAUCCCGUAUGCUGAAUUAUUUGCUAGGAUCGAUGCUGUUGAUCCAGCCGCCAUUAAACGAGUUGCAAACCGAUUUUUCUAUGAUAGGGAUAUGGUGAUUGCUGCGAUUGGCCCAGUCCAAGAUUUGCCAGACUACAACUGGUUCAGACGCCGCACCUACUGGAACCGAUAUUAGAUUAUCUUGCUUUAGUUUGAUAAUGGUACAGCAUCUUUCGUGGGCAAUCGAAACCAAAGGUUGGCAUUUUUUUUAUUCAAUUUUUAGGAUCCUUUAGCUUUAUUGUUAUUUAAUAAAAACAUGUUUCAGCGUUUUUGUUGAAAAUUACAAGAAAUUUUUGAUGUUGAUAA